UGCAAUAUCAUCGAUAUCUAUGCCAUCUUUUAUUCUUAUCUAAUGUAAUAUUUACUCUGAACAUUAAAUGAAAGUUUCUAAGUGUCAAACACUCAAUGUUACAUAAUUACCUACGUGUAUCUCCGCUAUAUUCAAGAGAAAACGUAAAAACUGCAUUCCAUCAUUAUAUGGGAACCUCAGAUCAUUAAGACAGGGAUAAAACCAGACGUACAAAUAUCUUAACCAUCACUGUACAAAAUGGAGGGAGAAAUUUGGACGUUUGUGAUCUUCGUGAUACUGUCUGUAGGAUCAGUUCCGAUCCAGAAUCCCAGAAAGACAUAUCAUCUAGAUAAAUUGGUUCGUGUUCACCCCACAACAAAUGUCCAGGUGCGAGCUUUAGAAAGACUCCAGGACAAUCCGAUUCUCAAGAUUGACUUUUGGAAGAGACCGCAUUUAAACACUGAUGUAGAAAUUCACGUGCCUAUAAAAAUGUACAAUUACGUCACAAAGAAGCUGUCACGUGUCGGCCUACAGCCAAUCAUUUUAGUCUAUGAUUUACAAAGUGUAAUCGACCAGGAACAGUCAUCCAUGCAGAAUCCUGAUUACGUCAUUGACUCAGCAGGCGCCAUUAUAACUUCAUUAAGUCAUGCCAUAAACCAGGAUAUCGUGGGAAAAUUCGCAAGACAUUCCGAGAUUGACAGCUGGCUUACCAGCAUGGCGUUACAAUACCCCACACUCGCUAAAGUGGAGUCCUUGGGUACGUCACACGAGGGUAGAGACAUGAAAAUCAUAAAGCUUGGCAAAAACGAUGAAGGACGGGCUAAGCCAGUGAUUUGGAUCGAGGCUGGGAUUCAUGCUAGAGAAUGGAUCGCACCUGCCACCGCCAUUUACACAAUAAACAAGUUGUUGACGGAGUACGGGUCAGAUUCUGACGUGACUCGGUUAAUGGACGAGUUUGAUUGGCACAUCAUCCCCUCCGCCAACCCUGAUGGUUACGAGUACAGCCAUACUACGGAUCGACUAUGGAGAAAGACACGGAGCCGACAGUCUGGUCGGUGUGUAGGAGUUGACCCUAACCGGAACUUUGACAUUUCCUUUGGAGGUGCGGGUACUAGCACCAAUCCCUGUAGCGAUAUUUAUCCCGGAACCAGAGCCUUCUCCGAGUCAGAAACUAGCAACAUCCGUGACGCCAUAUUGACAGAGAGAGCCCGGAUCAAGCUGUUUCUCUCGUUCCAUGCUUACUCCCAGCUCUUAUUGACGCCGUACGGAUACACCAACACCAAGCCCUCAGAUAAUGAAGAGAUGAUGCGUGUAGCGGAAGCUGGCAUGGCGUCAUUGAAAACAAUUCAUGGAGAGGUGUACACCGCCGGAACGCCACCUGAUCUACUGUACGCUGCAUCUGGAGGAUCCUAUGAUUGGGCGAAGUCAGUGGCGGGAAUCAAGUAUGCGUACACUUACGAGAUGAGACCGGCGGAAGCUAGUUUUGGACAAUCCGGAUUCAUCCUGCCCGAGUCAGAAAUUAUACCGAACGCCGAGGAAGUCUGGGCUUCAUUGGUUACCAUAGCGACGGAGAUUCAGUACUAGAGGAAGUGUUUUGCCGAUUUCCCGAGGUUUAAUGGAUUUUCAAAGAUGAUGACAAAGAAAUACAUCACAUUCCAAUGAGAGGCGAUAACUAUAGAUAAAUUGUACAAUAAAAGA